AUGCCUGUGUUUUACUCACCUGUUCCCGAGAACCUGCAGUUGGGUCUGGCCUACAUGGGAGGCUCUGUGUUCACCAACAACAGGACAGCAGACAGCGACUUCACCAGGGAGCAGGAGGACGCCUCUGUGGUCAACGAGCUGGUAUCCCACCUUCCCCUGCAGAUGCUGCUGUACUUCAACAUGUUUUAUUUCCCCUGCUGGUGGUUUUCUGCUGUUUUCAUGUUGGAAGUCAAGUUCUAUUAUCUUCCCGGGUACUACCAAGCUCUGCUCAUAACUGGGAUGAUCCUCCUCACAGUCAUUGAAGUGGUCCGACUUUAUCUAGGCUACAUUGGCAACCUUAAAGAAAAGAUGCCAGAGCUGGCAGCCUUCUGGCUCCUGUCUUUCAUGUUCCAGCUGCCAGUGCUGCUGUUCUUCCUGACCGAUGAAGGAAUUAUCAUCCUGCCUCUAGAGAGAGCCGUCCACUCUCUCUACCUCCUCUUCCUGCUAGCCCAGAUCCUGGCCUCCUUCCUGGCACUCAGGACUAUGACACGAAAGCUCACCUUGCUCUUCCAUCUGCGCCAGUUUGGCAAGGUGGAGAGCUUCCACCACGCAGGGCUGAGCCCUGUCUACGGUCUGCCCUACCAUCGCAGCGUGCUGCCCAUGUCACCCCUCCAUGAAAUGUACAAUUAA